AUGCCUGCCCCAGUAAUAGCACAUCUCGCCACAGCAAAGAGAGUCGGAUUCAUAGUCCCAUCCUCCAACACAGCAGUCGAAACUCUCACACUAUCCAUCCUGCAAUCCCUUCAAGCCAACAUAAUCCCUCUCUUCACCCGUCUCCAAGUCCUCACAUUGUCCGCAGACGCAGAAACGACUUCUCAAUUCACAUCAGAGAAGCUCAUCACAGCAGCACAACUCCUGGCUGAUGCGGGAGCCGACCACAUCAUCUGGAAUGGAACCUCCGGCAUGUUUACCGGCGGAACUCUGGCCGACGACAGACGACUGGCAGAGGAUAUGACGAAAGCUGUUGGUGUACCCUGUAGUACAAAUACGAUUGCAACAAUCGAGGCUCUUGAAGUUUUGGGCAUUAGGGACGUCAGUAUUGCGGUGCCAUACACGGAUGAAGUUACUAGUAAGGUGCAGGCGUUCUUCGAAAAGGGAGGCUUCCAUGUACAUGCUGCUGUGGCGCAGAAACCGACCCCAAGGAAUAAUUUGGAGAUUGCGAGAUGUUCUGAGAAGGAUAUCAAAGCAGUAGUGAGGAAGUCCCUUGUCCCAGACAAGACGAAGGCUGUCUUGAUUGCUUGCACGAAUUAUCCUGGAACCGCGUAUGCGGCAGAUCUGGAGCUGGAGCAGGAGCAAGCAGGUAAUGAAAUUCGGGUUCUCGAUAGUAUUGCUGUAAGUGCUUGGUAUGCUUUGCGAGAGGUUGGCAUAAAGCAAACGAACAACAGUCUGGAGGUAUGGGGGCAUUUGCUGAACUCGUUGUGAUCGAUCGUUCUUGGUCAGACGUUUACUACUUUACAGCUAUGAACAAAUACAUCAAAUUCAUACAUCCU